GGGCAGCACGGGCGGGCGGAAGCGGAAGAGGCGGUGGCGGCGGGGCCGGGCGGAAGUGGGCGUGGCGGGGCCGAGAUGACGGUGCACACCCUGUACAUCUUCGCCCGCGAUGGCACCUGCCUGCACUACAGCGAGUGGCACCGGCGCAAGCAGGCCGGCAUCCCCAAGGAGGAGGAGUUCAAGCUGAUGUUCGGGAUGCUCUUCUCCCUGCGCUCCUUCGUCGCCAAGAUGAGCCCCACCGACAUGCGCGACGGCUUCCUGUGCUUCCACACGAGCAAGUACCGGCUGCACUACUACGAGACGGCGACGGGGCUGCGCCUGGCGCUCAGCACCGACCUGGGCGUCGCCUCCGCCCGCGAAGCCCUGCACCACAUCUACAGCAACCUGUUCGUGGAGCUGGUGGUGAAGAACCCGCUGUGCCCCCCCCGGGAGCCGGUGCAGAGCGAGCUUUUCCGCAGCCGCCUCGACGCCUUCGUGCGGGGGCUGCCCUUCUUCUCCGCCCGCGCCGGGUGACCGGGACCCCCCCAGACCCCCCCGGGAUGCGGGGACCCCCCCAGGGAUGUUCUGGACCCCCCCAGGAUGCGGGGACCCCCCCCGGACGCAGCCCCCCCCCCCCCAGCAGCUCUUCCGCAGCCGCCUCGACGCCUUCGUGUGGGCUCGGCCUUUCUCCACCUGCGCCGGGUGACGGGGGGGUGCCAGGGACCCCCCCUUGGGGACAUGGGGACCCCCCCGGAGCAUGAGGACCCCUCCGGGAUGUGGGGAUGUCCUGGACCCCCCAGGGAUGCGGGGCCCCCCCAAAGUUUUGGGGACCCCCCCAGGGACAUGGAGACCCCUCGACCCCCACAUGGCACAUGGGGAUGUCCUGGACCCCCCCAGGGACACGGGGACACCCCCAGGAUCUUGGGGACCCCCCUCUUGGGGACAUGGGGACCCCUUGACCCCCCGGGGACACCCCCAGGGCCUUGGGGACCCCCCCCUUGGGGACACGGGGACCCCCCCAGGGACACGGGGACACCCCCAGGGUCUUGGGGACCCCCCUCUUGGGGACACGGGGACCCCCUGACCCCCCAGGGACACCCCCAGGGCCUUGGGGACCCCCCCCCUUGGGGACACAGGGACCCCUUGACCCCCCGGGGAUGUGGGGACCCCCCCAGGGACACGGGGACACCCCCAGGGUCUUGGGGACCCCGCUCUUGGGGACACGGGGACCCCUUCACCCCCCGGGGAUGUGGGGACCCCCCCGGGACACAGGCACCCCCGCCUUAGGGACAUGGGGACCCCUUGACCCCCCCCCCAGAGCCUUGGGGACACCCCCCUUGGGGACACGGGGACACCCCAAGGCUACCAGGGACCCCUUGCCCCCCCCAGGAUUUGGGGGCCACCCUGGGGAUAUGGGGACCCCUCAGCCCCCCCCAGGGGCAUUGGGGACCACCCCGUUCCCCCCCCCAGACACCUGGGUCCCUGAGGGGGAGCGGGGGGGGUCCCGCUGCCCGGAGGGGCCCAGGCAUCCGGGGCUGGGUUUGGGGGCAAUAAACGUGUGUCAGUGA